AUGUUGCACGACGUGCAACGCAUAUUAGGCAUAGGUAUUGAAGGUUCACUACCGGCUGAACCUGCUGAGGGGGAGUGGAAGGGCGCUAUUGCUGAUCUGUUUGGGGAGCCCAUGUCCGAGCUACGAAGGAAAGGGAUAUUCACCAGCGGUGGCAUCAAUGUUGUUGAAGUUAUGCAGUUGUGCCACCGGUCCCAGGCUAUGGAGACCCAGUCGACAGCCUAUUACAUGGCUAUUGUCGGCUCUACACUGCUGGUGGAUAAGACCAAAAUCGACAUACGACCUCACCCGCUACUAACCGUCAACAUCGAUUUGGAUGAGAUCGCCUGGGGUGCGGUGACGCUUGCCUACAUGUAUCGAAAACUAGGAAUGGCGUCCAGGGUUGGUUGCAAGACCAUUGCUGGUUGCCUGACAUUGCUUCAGACAUGGAUUUACGAGUACUUUCCAUCCUUUUGCCCUCAUCCUCGUCAAGAAGAUGUGCCUAAUAAGACUAGGACGGAGAUGUGGUCCACGCCCAAGCCAGGUCAUGAGAUCAACAGGCUGAGGGACUGCAGGAGUAUAUUGGACUCCAUGAUGGAAACUCAGAUGGAAUGA